AUGGCCGGAGUCAAAAAUGAGAAUGAGCAGGAAAGGCCCUCGAGGGACUCUCCUGAGCGCGGCAAGAAGCGAAUAAGAACCUCGAAAUCCCUUCCACCACCCGACCUCCCCAAACUUGUCGCCGAGCAGGCUACUCCCAUUCCUAGCACCGAUAAAGACACUCAACGCCUCAUCGUUGUUCUCUGCAAUGCCACUUUGGAGACUUACAAGGCCUCCCAUGGGUCCGCACGUGGACCCGGCGGUCGCGAGGACAAAUAUAAUUUAUUGAACAGCGACGACCACAUUGGCGUCAUGAGGAAGAUGGGGCGAGAUAUCAGCGAGGCACGACCGGACAUUACGCACCAGUGCCUACUCACCCUACUGGACUCGCCGAUCAACAAAGCUGGGAAGCUGCAGAUCUACGUCCAGACAGCAAAGAACGUACUCAUCGAAGUCAGCCCAACAGUCCGCAUUCCACGUACAUUCAAGCGAUUUGCUGGUCUCAUGGUCCAAUUGCUUCACAGGCACCAGAUCAGGUCUACCACGUCUCAAGAGAAGCUUAUUCAAGUCAUCAAGAACCCGAUCACAGACCACCUCCCUCCGAAUUGUCGCAAGGUCACUUUGAGUUUUGAUGCUCCUGUGGUCCGCGUACGAGAUUACAUUCAGGGCUUGGGCCCGAAGGAGAGUAUCUGUGUUUUCAUUGGUGCUAUGGCCAAAGGAAGCGAUGAUUUUGCGGAUUCGAUCAAGGAUGAUUCCAUUGGUAUCAGCAACUACAACCUCAGUGCUAGUGUAGCAUGCAGCAAGUUCUGCCACGCUGCAGAAGAUGUAUGGAGCAUCAUCUAG